AUGAAAACAUUGGUUUGUCUGCUGCUUAUUUCGAAUGGUGCCGAUGCCUUUCAGUAUUUUGCAUAUGGUGGAAGUAAGUUCUGUUUUAUACAUACUGUUUUCAAGGGCAAAACUUCUGUCUUUUGUAUUAUUUUUUUCACACAUAGCAUUAUUUUUCAGACAGCCCUAAUAUCCCAAUCUUCUACUCAUCCAAUUUUUCAUCAAGGACUAAAGCCAAGUUAGAUCUGAACAGCGUCGUGACGUUCUUUCAAAGCACAGAAUGCCGCUGUGCAUCUGGCAGCGGCCCAUAUGAUCCAAAGUAAGCCUAUAGCACCGAAAUAUAUACAUCGAACCUUACGAAAUCUUACAAUGUUCUUACAAUUUCUGUUAGAAAGUACCAUGGAAAAAAACUAGGGAAUACCCGCGAGAUUCAAUACGAUCAAAGCAGUCUGACGGUGACCGACUACCAGGGCUACAUAAAGGGGCUGUUUGGAGUUGAAGAAAACGCGACAAUACCUAUAGUUGUUGAAGCUUCCGGGAGAUUUUACACUCCAUACGCAACGGCUAUUUAUGGAUUACAAUUGGACCCAAAAAAGAAAGAUUCAGCGAUCAUGCGGCUGUUCAGAGAGAACAAAGAUGCUCAGAAUGUCAUCUUUAGGCGAGGGCCUUUCGAGCAAAGGCUGGUGAGUUGAAAAGUCGGCCGUUAUUGCUGAAAAAAGCUUUGAAGAAAUUAAGUUUCCACACCUCUUCAAAAUGAUUACAGGGCGGACCUGAUCCAGUGGUAGAAACGUUCUACAGGGUGGGCCACUAAAACCUUCCGUCCUCUUUUUUUAGAUUUCUCCGCGGAGACUCCGCCGAUUUUCAUGAAAUUUAGCUUUUUCUGGAGCUGAGAUGCGCCAUUUUCAACCGGUAAAAUUGGAAAAGAAAAUAUCCUGAAUUGACCUUUCCAUGCCUUUCCAAAGCUUUUGCAAAUUAUUUUCGAGCCGAAACCGCUAAAACUUACAGGGGAAGUACGCCAAGUGCGACGCUCAGAUUUUGAUGAAACUUGGCACAAAUUCAGAGUAAUUUUUUCUAAGAUAUAUGCGAGAAUCCUAGCUCGCGCUUUGCAGAAACAACCGAGAUUCUUAGAACGAAAGUCGGCCAAAAUUUUGGGACUUUUUGCCGAAUUUCGGCACGAAAAGUUUCAUGCCUAUUUCUACCGUAAAGGAUAAUGUUUCUACAAAAAAUCAAGUUUUUCCGCACGAAACUGCCAAAGUUAUGGCCAAAAAGCGUUUUUCUCUCUGGCCGCUCUCCACGUUUCGCGUGCUCUCUCGGCGGCAAAAAUCGCUCGAUAUCUCGGCGGCGUAAAACAUUCACAACUCGCUGACGUCGUGAGCAAGCGGUUUCGGCUCGAAAAUAAUUUUCAGAAACUUUGGAAAGGCAUGGAAAGGUCAAUUCAGGAUAUUUUCUUUUCCAAUUUUUUUACCGGUUGAAAAUGGCGCAUCUCAGCUCCAGAAAAAUUUAAAUUUCAUGAAAAUCGGCGGAGUCUCCGCGGAGAAAUCUAAAAAAAGAGGACGGAAAGUUUUAGUGGCCUACCCUGUGUUUUGCAUGCGGGAAGUAUCAGAAAAUGUGGCAAAAUGCCUCCCUCUCCAACCAAAAAAAUCCGUUUUGAAAAGCGCGUUCUUUCCCUUAUGAAAAGAGCUUUUGAAAUCGAAGUUUUUUCGAUUGGAGAGAGAGGUAUUUUGCUACAUUUUUGGUACUUCUUACAUGCAAAAUGGAACAUUUUCUGCCAUUGGAUCAGGUCCGACACUGUGUCUUUUCCAGAAAAAGAAAGAGAUACGAUUUGUGAAAGGCAACGUUGCCAUUGGCACACCGGCUCUCAGAGGUUGCGAGGAGUUCAAACAUACAAGCACCAUUGCCGACAAAGGCUGGAAAAUAAAAGCUGAGUAAGUAUACGCCUUUCAUUGCAUUGCGGCUUUAAAAUCGGCAAAAAACCCCUCAUUUUUUCAGUGUUUACAUUGGCGAUGAUCUCUAUUCUGAUCAGAUUGUUGGAUUUUCCAUUGACAGGACAACAAAAAUUCCUCCGAAAGUGUUCGAAAAACAUUUUGAGCCAGCAAAAAAAGCGGAGGAACUGAAGCCGCUAACUCUCUCAUACAACAAGCUCAAUUUUACAAUCAGCUCAACGGCGUUUGAGCAUUACGACUUCUUCAAACAGGAGAAAUUUACGAUCCAAGCCGUGGCUAAUCAACAUGACGAAUUUGUCUUGGGCAAGAACUUCUUGGCAAGUUAUUGUUUAAAACUGCGGGCCGAUGACAAAGAGCUGACAAAGUUUUCGAUUGGUUUGGCGACAAGUCCGGCUUUGCAUGAUGAUCCAGAAUGGUUUAUUAUUAAUGACAAGAGUGAUGACGAGGACAAUGGAGAGCCCGAUGUUUGUGGUCGUAUUGUUGUUAGUGCUUGGCUGAUUUUUGUGUUGUUUGCUUUUUUUAUGUAGGUUUGUCUAUUUGAGCUCUUAGUCUGACCAUUCGGUCGUAUGUAUUUUUUUUUCGUUUUCUCAAAUAAUGUUUUGAAAUAAAUUCUGAAGUAAUUCUUGACAUUUGGACUGUCCAGAAAAAGUCAGAUUGCGCGCCACCACCCAAAAAACCGCGGUGAAAAAAUCAAGCAGAUUGCGCAGUAGAAAGAAAACUUUUUUUUUUCUCACAAUGCACGCCGCUAAAAUCACUUCAGAGACUUUGCGAACGGACUAGCAGAAGCGUCCAUUGUGCGUUUCUGGGGCUUCAAACAACAUGCAUUUCUUGACCAUUCUUUGAAUCCCAAAGAAGUAAGCAUGGGGUGCAAAAUUUCGAAUCAAAUUGUAACAUUCACUUUUGUGUUCAAAAAAAUGAAAUUUUUGGGCCCUUGCCCUGCGGCGAAUCGAAUUGAUUUUUAAUAACAUCACGCUUGAAAAGCGUGAAAAAAGGUGGCCGGGCAGCACACGAAACGUUCAGGAGGAUGUGAGAUGUAAUUAGUGUGAAAAAAGAAAGUUAGUCGGUCAUUAUGCACAUUAAAUGGAGCUCUAUUUUUUGACUAAAAGUUUUAUUAGAGAAUUCGAACACCAGACGGUUACUCUUGACUUUCCUUCCUCAGUAGACCGUCUGUAAUUGCAGUAAAAUAUCCCUUGCAUCUGUAGAGGUGAAUUGGCAUAGGAAGAGUAUUUAUUCCUAAACUAAACAAUGCACAUUAUAGACGGAGACUUCAAAGCCUUUCCUCAUUGUCAGCUUUUUUAAUUUUAUUAACUCACUUGAUAUUUUUUACGCCGAUUAAACCGGACGUAGCUUAUCACCGAAAAGAAUGUUAUUACUUGAAAAUGUCAUAUGAAUUUUAAUUGUUUCUAAUAUUGCUAAAUCUUGUUGUUUUUGCCGACAAUGGCAGUUAUUUUAACUAUUCUUUUCACGGUUACUGCAUUUAUUAUCGCUGAAACAAAAAUUUUGAGUUACGUUGGGGGUACGUGAUAUUUGCUGUUUGAUCUGGCAUCUCUGAUUUUUAGAUUCCCCAUAUAUCUUUGUUAAAUUUGCAAGUGAUACAAAAGAUUAUGCUAUUGUGAAUCUGCAGAUUGACAACUUUGAUACGUUCUUCUUGGGGAAAGUCUGUGCUGAAAAUGCAAGUUGCUCACCAAAUACUGGAAAUGUAUAUGAUCCCGAGUACGCACAAGUUUUUUAUUGUCUUGAAAUCUCGCUUGACCCUCUACUACGUUUAUUUUCCCCAUAAAGUCAAACGUUUUUGUCAUCAUAAACCUUGUGAUUUCCAGCAAAUUCAAUGGGCUUCCUACUGGCAAGAGAUUCACCACAACAUACGACAACGUCAAUCUUUAUAUUGAAAGAUACACCAGCUAUUUACACACAGAUUUUAAUGGCACGGAUGGGAAAGCUAAUAUCAGUGUAGUUACAUCCGCUAGUCGCCGCUUUGAUAUGAAGCAUGUUGGAGUAGUUGGGCUUGCCGUGAACCCGGAAAUGAGGUCAUCGCUGAUUGUGAGGGCGUUCGAGAAAAUGCAACAUCACAAACAAAUGAAUUUUAGGAGAAGUCAGUUCAAUCAGACUUUAGUAAGUUUUGGAGUUAUUUGUCUUACUCCAAUAAACCUUAUGGCAUUGGUGACGAUCUCUAUUUUAAUGUCUACGAUGUUGUCUGAAAUUUUUUUUACUUUUAGAGGGACAGAAAACUGGAGAAGAAAUAUUUGAGCGGCGAUUUCACAACAGAUGAAAAAGAAAUGCUGGGAUGUCAGCCAUUUAAGUAUGAAAAAACAAUUGAUCCAAGGAGUGGAUGGAAAAUUACUGCAGAGUAAGUAGCAAUACACAAUUCAAAAUUAUGGAAAAGCUAAGACAAUCAGGGUUACUAUAUAUGGUCAGAAAACCCCUAGCGGCCGAUUGUGUUCACAAUGAUAUAAGGUUCAGUCCUAUUAUAUAUAUAAUUGUGCCUUAUGACAGAAAAAAGGGAUAUCGUGGAUGGGUCUAGUUGCAGAGAUGCUCAUGUACAGUGGCGGACCUGAUCCAGUGGCAAAAAACGUAUCAUUUUGCAUCCGGGAAGUAUCAAAAAAUGUAGCAAAAUGCCUCUCUCCCCAAAUGAAAAGACUCCGAUUUCAAAAGCGCUCUUUUUGUGAGGGAAAGGGCGCGCCCUUCAAACCGGAGUUUUUUGACUGGAGAUGGAGGCGUUUUGCCACAUUUUUUAAUGCUUCCCGGAUGCAAAAUGGUACUUUUUUUCUCACUGGAUCAACUCCGUCACUGUUGAUGUUAAUUCUAGUUUAAAAAUCCCUGUAAACCUCUCCAAAAUCCCUUCUAUUUAAGCCUAACCCUCGGGAACACCACAUAUCCCAACCGAACCAUUAGCUUCUCUCUCGACAAACUCACUCAAUUCCCGCAAGCAAUCUUCGAAGAACACUUUCACACUACCGAAUCUCCAGAAGAUCUACCCUCGCUUAACUUGACUGCAAAGAAAUCGGAAGUUGAAGUUAUUGUCAAUUCAACCAUUUUUUACAACUUUACAGAUCUCAACUUGACUGAAUUCGAAGUUCUGGCUUUGCCUCAUGAUAGCGAAGAGAUCUUGCUGGGUUAUAACUUUUUCAGAGAUCUAUGUAUUUCGUUGAAAAGUGACGACAAGGUUAGAGAAUUUUGGGUGGGGUUGUCGAAAAAGCUACCAUUACCUGAUGACACAAGAUGGAAAGAAAUUGGGAGUAGCGACAAAGACGGAUUGAAGUUAAAUUCGCGUUUAGUUUUCUUCGUUUUAUGUUUUAUCUGGCACGAAAAUUUUUAUGACACAUUAUAAUGUACAGUAAUGGAACUCAUCUAGUGACAAAAAACGUAUCAUUUUGCAUCCGGGAAGUAUCAAAAAUGCAGCAAAAUGCCUCCCUCUCGAACUAAAAAACUCCUUUUUGAAAGGCGCGCCCUUUCCUUCACAAAAAAACGCGGGCAAGGCUCUGAAAUCGGAGUUUUUUUCGCUUGCUGAGUGAGGUAUUUUGCUAAAUUUUUUGAUACUUCCUGGAUGCAAAAUGGAACGUCUUUUGCCACUUGAUCAGGUCCGCCACUGUAAGCUUAUGGAUUUUUUCUAUUUAUUAUACAUAUAUACAUAAAAAACUGCUGAAUGUUUAUUGCCCUCACGUUUAAGGGAAUUGGCGUAUGACCUGGAUAGAACAUGCAUGAAAAGUUAUUUUGAGGGCCAUCUAACAGGAAAAUGGUCUGAACUCCCCCUUGGAAUUUCUAUCAUAGUACAAGAGGGAAGAGCUGGUCGACUUUGGUAAAAAAAGGGUCAUUUUCCAACCACAAAGUAAGCGUGACCAAAAUCGACCGAAAGUUAAAGCUGAAAAGCAAGUCAAAAAUUUUAUAAACCAAGGGCUGUAUGUUGUUCCUAAAGAAUUAAAAAAUCUCCCAAGCCAAAAAAACGAAAUUUUUUAAAAUUAACAGCGUUUUAUAAAAAAAAAUGGUCAUAAAACAAAUAUUUUCAAAGCAAAGAUAACAAAUAUUGCUCACAUUUUUUGACGAAAAAAGCCUUAUCAAGGUGCGGCUUGGGGGAAUAAACGUUUAUUGUUUCGUCCGACUAUGAGGAAAUUUAACGCCUUCUCGAAAAGACACCUAUGUCAAUCCCCACACUUAUUGUUCUAGCGCUUACGUCAGUCGUGAGUGCAGAAGUCAUCAGUUAUUACGGAGGUAAAUUUAGAUUCUUUUUUGAGUUCCAUUUUCUGUAGAUCGUCUUGGAUGAGACUAGACAUAAAACAAUGUAGAUCUAACAAUGGAUAUCUUUCACGGGGACAAGGAGAAUUGGGUGAAAGUUGGCUUAAAUUAAGACCAUGAUUUUUGAAAGAUAACUAGCUGGCGUUGUGCCAUAUCUACAAGGCUUUAUUGUCAAAUUUGAAUCUAAAAUUUUGUCCAGCCUUUUGCAAUAUGUAAUAAUGAAUUUUUGGCCUUUGUACAGCAACUGUAGAGUCUUUAGCAGCAAAAGGAUUCCUCGCCAAAUAAGUAAGUGAAAGGAGAACUUCUAAAACUUGCCUGGAUUUUUUUGGACUCUGCAGUCUCAAAAUUUUGGUUUUUGGAGCUUUUCUCUAAAAUACGGAAACUCUUCAAAAUAAUUUUUUGGGACAUCAUUUCUAGUACAUUGAUGCACAUUGGUGCCAAAUAUGGCACGUUUCUAUUCACAAUCACAAAAGUUAGACUCAUUUUUAAAGUGCGGCUAUAAUUAUGACCCACACUGUAUCUAGACCCUGUCUAGGUUUGCAUUACCGCUUUUCACUGCUAUUAUUUCUCGUACUGUUUUCUCCUUUUUAUUAAACUUCUAUUUUUUUAGAUUCUCCUCUCUACCAAACUUGCUUCAGCAACGAUGAAAGCAGCUGUCUGGACACUAGAUUAGACAUUCAGGAAGCAACUUCAUUUUACUUGGGAAAAGAAUGCUCCCAAGCAAACACUUGCACAACUUACUAUCACAAAAAGUUUUACGAUCAACAGUAAGAAUACCAAAUCUAACGCUUACAAAACCUUCCAUUUCUAGAUUAUAUAAGGGCACAAUAAUAACCCAAAAUGAAAGUUUUGAAGUCGCUGGCAGCACUUUGAAUGCAACCAAAUACAGAGGGUAUAUGAGGAGCCCGUUUAACAAAGCCGAUCCGACUUCUGAAUUCAGCGUUCUAUUUGCUGCGGAGCCUGCAAUCGCCUUCGACGACGAGGGAUUGGUUGGACUCAGCGAUAUGAAGACCGCUGAGAAGAUUUUCAACGAGAUGGAGACGAAGGAAAUCAUAAUCAGAAGAGGGCCUUUCCUUCAGUUUCUGGUAGGUGACAGUUCCAAUUCUUUUGGUACAAGUUUUCCGAUUUUGCUGACUCUCCUAAAAAGGGAAGUACCCCAAGUGCGACGCUCAGAUUUUCUUUAAAUUUGGCACACACAUCGGGCGUAGACUAAAUAUCAAUUCCUGAAAGUUUUAGCUCGCGCUUUGCAGGAGCAGCGGAGAUAUUCAACGGUCUUUUCGGCCGAGAGAGUACACGAAAGAUGUAGUGCGGUCAAAGAGAAAAACAUUUUUUUGGCCUUUUCUUAGCCAGUUUCGUAUGGAAAAAAUCAUUUUUUUUUGUGGAAGCAUUACCUUCUACAGUAGAAAUAUAAAAUAGAUAUAAAACUUUUCAUAAAAAUAGUCGCAAAAAAGUGUCGAAUUUUUUCCAACUUUCGACCUAAAAAUCUCCGUUGUUUCUGCAUAGCGCGAGCUAGGAGUCUUGCGUAUGUCAAAAAAAUUAUUCUACAUAAAUUUGUACCAAGUUUCAUUAAAAUCUGAGCGUCGCACUUGGAGUACUUCCCCUUAAGCAUUAAUUCUCUUACAAUCACUCAUCACUAAAGACUGUUGCUGCAGCAAAAAAAGCGUCGAAAAUACCCUCGAGGAAGGUUUUCAAUCAACGGAGAAAUGCUGGAAGGUUGUAAAGAGUUUUCUCACACGGAUAUUGUCGAUGAUCAGUGGAAGAUCAGAGCAGAGUGAGUUUCAAGUUGCAGUGCAACUUUGCGUAUUUUUGGCGAUACAUAGAGACAUAGAGCCAAACCAAGUGCUGUUUGCAAAUUGAGAGAAUAUCAGUUUGUCGGGAAAAUAGUGAAAAAAUAUGUCGCUGCGCCAAUCGCAUCGCUGAAGUGAAAAGAAAUUUGAUUUUGCCGCAACACAAUUCGAUUUCUCGGCGGCGAUGCGAUUUUCGAUGCAAUAGAGCGCUCACUAUUUUCCCGACAAAAUGAUACAUAAUUUUGCCUUUGGGCAUUAAAAAAUCAAUCAAAAAAUAAAUUUUUUCGCACUUUUCAGCGUGACAAUUGGCAACGAGACCUAUGAGAACCAACUUAUUGGAUUUUCACUCGAUUACUUCACCGAGAUCCCGUUGAAUCUUUUUCAAAAAUAUUUUACUGGAAUCCACAAGGUCGACGAUCUCCCUUCUUUCGGAAUCUCCUUCAACAACAAGGACUUUACCAUUCCUCCAUUCAAUUUUGUGCAGUACUAUGGGUUCGAACACAAUGUAUUAACGCCUUUCUUGAUCCACCAAAACGACACCGAAGACGGCUUUCUACUCGGCCAGAAUUUCCUCAGCGACUUUUGCAUCUCCCUGAGGCAAAACAAGGCCGCAAACAAAUUCGAGCUGGGCUUGGCGAAAAGUGAGCCAAUCAGAAGCGAUCCACCGUGGAUCAGUUAUGAUGAUGACUUUUAUGACGAUGACAAUGCAGCUGACAAAAGAGGGAUAUGCAUAUUACUAAUGGUUUUAGUUGUGGCAAUAAAAAGACUUGUUGUCUAA